AUGGAUAUCUUCAGAGGAGCGAAGAAGAGACACAUUGUUUUUGGCCUCCUUCGUGCUUUCCGCAAAGAAUAUUCUGUUAUGGCAUUCUGCGUUGUCGGACAAGUUGUUCUUGGAUUUUUCUCACCAAUCGGCAUCAACAGAAUUUUGACUUAUCUCGAAAAUGGCGGCGAAGGGGCAAUUGUGCGACCUUGGUUCUGGAUUUUAUGCCUUUUCAUUGGCCCCAUGUUCAACUCCGUGCUUUUUCAAUGGUAUAUUUUUAUGGCCACCAAAGCUCUCGCUCACGCGGAAGCUUUGAUUACACAACUAGUCUUCGAGCACAGUUUACGGAUCCGUCUGGCUUCAGAGUCUGGUUCUGAUAGGGAUGCCAAACAGGAUAAUGACAACUUCAGCGGCGCCGGCACACCAGACACAGCUUCUGUUAGCUCUACCAAUGCUUCUGCAAGUGUGUCUACAUUGAAGGAUGCAUCAAGUUUACUUCCAGAUGCAAAGGCCCCGUCAACAGAAACGCCAUCUGCAUCCUUGAAGGGAAAGGGUAAGGCACCAGAAGCGCAGGCACCAGCUCCAGUCAAGCCACAACAACAACCUCCGCGCAAGGAUGUCUCUAACCUGAUUGGAAAAAUCAACAACUUGGUCACGACGGAUCUUGGGAACAUUACGGACGCUCGUGACUUUCUUCUUCUUGUGCUUGCGGCGCCGCUUCAGAUACUGGCAUGCACAUUCUUUUUAUACAACUUGUUAGGAUGGAGCUCUUUUGUUGGGCUUGCAGCCAUGAUUAUGUGCCUCCCUAUUCCCGGAUAUGCCGCGAAACUUCUACAAGACGUUCAACGACACCGAAUGAAAAUGACAGAUGCAAGAGUUCAAGAUGUAACUGAAGUCGUGAGUGUUCUGAGGAUGGUUAAACUCUUCGGCUGGGAAGGCGAUAUGUCCAAGAGGAUUAAAGAGAAAAGGGACCAGGAGCUAUCUGCUAUAUGGAAAUAUAAGAUUCUUUCAAUGAUUACAGGUCUUUCAAACGUUUUGAUCCCAAACAUUACAAUGAUUGCAACAUACGCUACCUACACUCUGAUUAUGAAGCAGAGUCUGACGCCAUCGAUCAUCUUUUCGAGCGUGACUGUAUUUUCCAUGCUUAGAAUACAGCUACAGCGAAUACAAUGGCAGAUAGCUGAAAAUAUACAAGGCAAGGUUUCUUUGGAUCGCGUGACAGAUUUCUUGCAGAAAACAGAGCUUCUGGACUCAUUUCAAGCCAACCUGUCUGAUGGCCCGUUGCCCUUAGUGGAUACCAGAAAUGAACACGACAUUGGCUUCAGAAAUGCAAGUUUCUCAUGGCGAGUUGAAUCGGAUGACGAUAUUCAAAGGCCAUCUCGUCGCUCAUAUCGACUAAAAAUUGAGGGCGAACUACUGUUUAAACGCGACUGCAUCAACCUGAUUGUUGGCCCGACAGGGUCCGGUAAAACUUCGAUACUGAUGGCUCUCCUUGGGGAAAUGCAUUUUAUCCAAUCCACCGACUCUUGGUUCAACCUUCCGAGAGAAGAUGGUGUCGCUUAUGCCGCUCAGGAGUCGUGGGUCCAGAAUGAAACGAUUCGUGAUAAUAUCUUAUUCGGAUCGCCAUAUGAUGAAGAUCGUUAUCGUAAAGUCAUCUACCAGUGCGCUUUAGAUCGGGAUAUAGAAUUGUUCGAAGCGGGGGAUGCCACUGAGGUUGGAGAAAAGGGUAUCACACUAAGAGACAAUGCCAGUGGCGGACAGAAGGCACGGAUCACGCUCGCUAGAGCCAUUUAUUCGAAGGCGAAGAUCAUUCUAUUGGAUGACGUUCUUGCAGCGCUUGACGUCCACACAGCUGUCUGGAUUGUCAACAAGUGCUUCCGAGGAGAACAGACCCACAAUGUGGCGGUGGUGGCACCCAUUGCAGGCUUUAUCGUUUCGCUGGGAAAUGAUGGGACAAUACAGGCCCAAGGGUCUGACACCAAAGCUAUUCUUGACAUUGAUCAAACAUUCGCCCACGAAAUGCAGGAAAAUGAAGAAGAAAUCUCGAUGUCGAUGAAAGAGGUUCCCUCUAUGGCUAAGAAAGAGGGGGUAAGCGGGAAGCUUGUACUGUCUGAAGAAGUUGCGAAAGGCCACGUAACGUGGAAAUCUAUCAAAUUGUUUAUAUCUGCCUUGGGCGGAGACUAUCCCUUCGUCUUUUAUUGUUUGCUAAUGAGCCUGUAUCUUGUUUCCAACUGGACAAGGGCAUUUCAGACAUGGUUCUUAGGGUACUGGGGAUCCCAAUACGAGAGGCACUCACCAGAAGAAGUAAAAACAUUCCUGUUCCUUGGAUUUUACUCACUCAUCAUUUUCGGAUCGAUGUCCCUUUCCUUUGCAGCAUACAUAUAUUAUACAUAUGGGACCAUGCGUGCGUCCAGAACCAUCAACGCGCUGCUCGUAGAAUCAGCACUGUCUAGUACAUUACGUUGGCUUGACGAGACCCCGACGUCAAGAAUUAUCGCCCGAUGUACCCAGGACAUACGUGCACUGGAUGGGCCUCUGACCACUCAACUUCUUGAAAUGAUCAAUGUGGCAAUUAGCAUGAUCACGAACUUUGGUGUUAUCAUUAUUUUCACCCCCGUGUUUCUGUCCCCAGGCAUAGCUGUGGCGGCCCUUGCCUUGUACCUCGGAAAUAUGUAUCUCAGGGCCCAGUUAUCUGUUAAAAGAGAGAAAAGCAAUGCCCGAUCACCUGUUCUGGCUCAUUUUGGCGCUGCAGUUGCUGGUUUAGUGUCCGUCCGUGCAUAUGGUGUUCAAGAGGCCUUUAUAGCUGAAUCAUUGAAGCGCAUCGACCACUAUACACGGAUUGCAAGGGUAUCGUACAACCUUAACCGAUGGGUUGGUAUUCGGAUCAAUUUUCUGGGAAACCUUUUCAGUGUCGCUAUAGCCUCCUACCUUGUGUACGGGAUCUUCCUCGGCUCGUCCAAUACCGGUUUUACAUUGAGUAUGGCUGCAGAAUUUUGUUCAAUGAUUCUUUACUGGGUCAGAGUAUUCAACGAAUUCGAGGUUCAGUCCAACAGCCUCGAGCGCAUACAAGAUUAUAUAGAUAUCGAUCAUGAGCCAUCUCCGACUCCCCAAGGCAAGCCUCCUGCCGCCUGGCCUACCAGCGGUGAAAUUGUGGUCGAAAAUCUCUCCGCACGAUAUUCCCAGGCUGGACCAACUGUUUUGCACAAUCUGUCUUUUCGCAUCGGAUCUGGCCAGCGUGUUGGCGUUGUUGGUAGGACAGGGAGCGGAAAGAGCUCUCUAACGCUUGCCCUUCUGCGAUGCAUUGUGACUGAGGGGACAGUCUAUUACGAUGGCAUUGAUACAAACAAAAUUAAUCUGGAUGCAUUGAGGUCGAAUAUAACCAUCAUUCCUCAGACGCCUGAACUAAUCAGCGGAACCCUUCGAAGGAAUUUGGACCCACUUGAUCUGCAUGAUGAUGCAACCUUGAACGACUCACUUCGCUCAGCUGGAUUGUUCUCAAUUCAAGAAGGGAUGGAAGAGCACCGCAUCACACUCGAUACAAAUAUCUCAGCAGGAGGUAGUAAUCUUUCAGUUGGUGAACGGCAAAUUAUUGCACUUGCACGUGCUAUAAUUCGCGGUAGUAAACUUCUUAUCCUCGAUGAAGCGACCUCGGCCAUCGACUAUAAAACGGACGCAGUCAUACAGACUACACUUCGGCGCAAGUUGGAUCCUGGCGUAACGGUAAUUACCGUGGCACAUCGUUUACAGACAAUCAUGGAUGCAGAUGUAAUUAUGGUGCUUGACGAAGGCCACAUCAUUGAAUUUGACUCACCCAAAGCUCUUCUCCACAAAGAGGGUAGUAAGUUCAAGGGUAUGGUGGACGAGAGUGGUGAUAAGACUGCCCUUUAUGAUAUGGCUGAGGGGAGAUCAUCGUCGGGUUACUAA